AUAAAGCAUUUUGGCAUGAAAUCGCUAUGAAACAACUUAGGAAGAACCUAAAGGUAGCCAAAAAGUCGCAAGAGAAAACUCAUAAGGCCAAGAAUAUAAUAAUCUUCGUCGGUGAUGGCAUGGGAUUAUCAACCAUAACAGCUGGACGCAUUUUUAAGGGACAGUACCUGAAGCAUGGUUCUGGUGAAGAAGAAUUGUUGGCAUUUGACGAAUUUCCCUACACUGGAUUGUCCAAGACCUAUAAUGUGGAUAAACAAGUGCCUGAUUCUGCUGGAACGGCAACUGCAUUGUUUUGUGGUAGCAAAACUGACUAUGGCGUCAUUGGCUUGGAUACGACACGUUCUAAAACGAAUAGCAAUCAAGGACGUUUGAAGUCUAUAAUGGACUGGGCACAAGCAGAGGGCAAACGCACUGGCGUCGUAACCACGACUCGCAUCACCCAUGCCACACCGUCUGCCACCUAUGCACACAUCUACAAUCGCGACUGGGAGUGCGACACCCUUGUACCAGCAGAAUCAGUAGGAAAGUAUGCAGACGUCGCCCGCCAAUUAGUUGAAAAUGCGCCUGGAAAUAAAUUAAAUGUAAUUAUGGGAGGUGGAUUGUCGCCGAUGGGUGUACCGCGCGCCAACGAGCCGAACACGGUUCGCUUCGAAGGUGAUAACGAGAUAGUUUGCAUUCGCGGAGAUGGUCGCAACCUGGUGCAGGAAUGGCUAAAACAUCACAAUAACGAAUCGAGUGUGUUUGUACAAUCCCUGGAGGAGCUAAAUGAGGUCAACUUUCAAGAAACGGAUUACUUGAUGGGUCUUUUCCGCAACAACCACAUAACUUAUGCAGUUGGACGUCAAGACGGUGAACCCUCUUUAAAAGAGAUGACACAGGCAGCUAUAAAAGUGCUCCAGCGUGGUGACAAAUCUAAGGGUUUCGUGCUCAUGGUGGAAGGUGGUCGUAUCGAUCAGGCACAUCACCAGAACUACGCUCGCGCUGCCAUGCGAGAGGUACUCGAAUUUGAUAUGGCAGUUCAAGGAGCGCUAGAUCUCACCGACGACGAUGAGACUCUUAUUCUUGUAACAGCCGACCACUCCCACGCGGUUACGCUUAAUGGUUACCCAACACGAGGAUCUGAUAUUCUCGGCUUCGCCAACAAGACCACUGAUCGCAUAGUGUACGAGACUAUUUCGUACGCUAAUGGUCCAGGAUAUUACGAUCAUUUAGCGAAUGGUAGUGUUGGAGCGGCUGGGACUGUUUGGUUACCUCUUGAGUCAUUCACAGCGCAACAACGUAUGUCACCGACAUAUCGUCACAGAGCCACAUUGCCGUUAAAGGAUGAGACUCAUGGUGGUGAGGAUGUUAUAGUAUUCGCAAAUGGGCCGAGUGCGAAUCUGAUUCGUGGCGUUUUCGAGCAGCACUACGUGGCAUAUGUUAUGAGCUACGCAGGUUGUAUGGGCCCAGCUAAAUAUGCUGACGAUAGCUGCAGGGUGGACUUCAGAGAGACUUCAAGUGGGUCCAGCCAAUUAAAACAGCAUAGUUUUGUGUUUUUAGGGGCAAUGUUACUGUUCAAUUUAUUUCAUUCUUAGAACAAAUUCCAAAACAAUGUUUUGUAAAUAUUAAUUAGGACAAAUUUGACUUUUGUUAAAAUAACGAUAUCAAAAUCGUCCUAACUAUGGUUGUAAAUGUUAUGUUUUUAAUAAAUCGUUAAAUCGUAAUUGA